AAGAUUAGUGAACGAUAAAAAUAGUGAAAUAAAAUUGUGUAUGAAUCAUUUUCUGGAAUGGCGCACCUCUUGAUUUCCCUUUUUAAUUACGGGGAUUCAUCAACAAAUAAAAAAAAAAAAGAAUAAGUAAAUAAUAAGAGCCAAAAGGACUAAAGCUGUUGAGGUCACAGUCAUAGCCAGCUUUUUUUAAUGCCACAUGAUAGCCACCUGCUUUUCCUUGUUGGAUGGGUGCUGUGCAUUUAAUAAUCUUGUUACAGAGCCAGCCAUCAUUCAUCUUCCUUCCUCAUUUAAACUCUUGUCAUGUGUUCUUACUUCUCCCAAUGUGCCAUUAACAAGCUCUGGGGCUGGGAAGAAACCCGAAAUCAAAGCCAGGUUGACCCAAGAGUUUGGGACUUUGGUUGAUUGCUGCAGAAGAAGUGCUUUCCUGAGUAACCAUAAUAUGUGUUCUGAUAAGUACUUUUCUGUUCAAGACAGUACACAUUGUAAUCAAAGAAGUCCAGGGGGGCGAGCCCCCCCCUUGCACCCUCCUGGCUUCCGUGCUCAAAUGCAAGUAUGCAACAAGCUAAGCUUUUCAAGUCAUGUCACAUGCUGAAGAAUGUCAGCUGUUUAAGAAUCACUAACAAAACUUUGAGGGUAAUUUAGAGAAAUAGGCAAAUCAUAAGGAGACAUAAACAUGUCGAGUCAUCAUUUCUCCCCAGCACCAUGUCUUUUGCUGAAACAAUGAACUGCCCCACUAGCC